AUUGGCUGAAGCUGCCCACUCCCCCUUGAAUGUGGUAACAGCAAUCCCUAGACGUUAUGUGAGGUUUCGAUAUGAUUAACUUUCUUUGUUUGACACUUCUAGGACGAUAAACAGAUAUUCCAAGAGUUAAUAUACAUUUAUAACAUGGCUUUUCAUGGUAGCAAGUGCUGCCGCUUUAUAGUAGGCAGACAUUACGAUGUCAAGGCCCUGUCAACGCAGCGCGUGAAACUAUUUGCACCAAGCUCAACACCGAAGUUGCGGCGGUGGUAUUCCAGCGCAACACAAGAGGAAAACGAACUUGAACUCGUAUCUCUUGCAAACUCAAGUGCAGCAGUCCCUGCAACAAAAAUUGGGACGACACAGGAGCUGGCUGUACCAGUGGGCCAGAGGCAAAGGUUGAAUGAGGAAGUUCUACCCUUCUCUGCCUUCCUGACAGACAACUUUGGCAGACAGCACAGCUACCUACGCAUUUCCCUGACGGAGAAAUGUAACCUUCGCUGUCAGUACUGUAUGCCAGAAGAGGGGGUAAAGCUCACCCCUCGCGCUCAGCUCCUGUCUACUUCCGAGGUGCUGACUGUGGCCCAGCUGUUUGUACGAGAGGGUGUGGAGAAGAUCCGCCUCACUGGGGGAGAACCUCUCAUCCGACCAGACGUCCUGGACAUCAUCACGGAGCUGAGGAAGUUGGAGGGCCUGAAGACCAUUGCUGUGACCACCAACGGUAUGAACCUGGUGAGGCUGCUGCCUAAACUGAAGGAGGCUGGUCUGGACCUGCUCAACAUCAGCCUGGACACCCUGGUGCCAGCUAAGUUUGAGUUCAUCGUCCGGCGGAAAGGGUUCCACAAGGUCAUGGAAGGUAUUGACAAAGCCCUUGAGAUGGGCUAUAACCCUGUCAAGGUCAACUGUGUUGUCAUGCGGGGCCUCAACGAGGACGAGCUUCUGGACUUUGUGGCCCUGACAGAGAAGAAGCCUCUGGAAGUACGCUUCAUUGAGUACAUGCCCUUUGACGGUAACAAAUGGAACUUCAAGAAGAUGGUGAGCUACCAGGAGAUGCUGGACCGCAUUAGACAGCAGUGGCCCAGUUUGGAACAGCUUCCACUCGGAAAGACGGACACAGCCAAGACAUUUAAGGUGCCAGGCUUUCAGGGCCAGGUGGGCUUCAUCACCUCCAUGUCGGAUCAAUUCUGUGGCUCCUGCAACCGACUACGCAUCACGGCAGACGGCAACCUCAAGGUGUGUCUGUUUGGGAAUACGGAGGUGUCCCUGAGAGACGUUCUGCGCUCUGGAGCUUCUGACCAGAAGCUGCUGGAUAUCAUUGGCGCCGCCGUGGGCAGGAAGAAGAAACAACAUGCAGAUGCACAAUUGAGAGCAUCCUGAUGGGCUGUAUCACCGCCUAGCACGGCAACUGCACCGCCCUCAACCACUGGUUUCUCCAAAGGGUGGUGCGGUCUGUCCAGCGCAUCACCGGGGGAAACUGCGUGACCUCCAGGACACCUACAGCAUCCUAUGUCACAGGAAGGCCAAAAAGAUCAUCAAGGACAUCAACCACCCAAGCCACGACCUGUUCACCCCAACCCUUUGUGAACACCCUCAUUACAGUGUAACCUUCGGGUCCCAACGGUUGAUAAGCAGCCACCUUCUGACACUUUCCGUUUACCGUCACUCAGUCCCAAUCUUCUGGGAGAUAUGUCAAGUGUUAGCUGGCUGUUAUGAAUGGGGGAGAUAUUAGUAGCGUUGGAAGACUGGCCAGCCUUACAAAACUCUGAGUCACAUGUUUCUUAAUCACACUCUGCAAGAGAUGUGAUUCUAUUAUUACAGCAAACUUCCCCUUCGGGGGUGUGGCCUCCUGUAUACAGGGAUCUGUGGAUUUUCUUUUAAGCUUUGUACCUUCUUUGACGAACCCCUCAUUGAAAGUUGACAAUAGUGUCUGAAAUGACAACACUAUCUCUGCUACUCACCAUGAUCUGGGUAUGUGUGACAUUCAGUUUGACUUCAUAGUAGUCUCUAUAUUGUGCACAGUUAGCUGUCCUUCCUCUACUAUGAGCUAUCCCCUGUAACAAUAUACAUAGAGAAGUGGUAUCGUUCCCCAGAGACUCUUACCCACUUCCUUAAUUUAUUAGCCACACAAAUAUCCGGCCGUCAUAUGAAAUUCUGCUUUCCCAAUUUCCUGUAAGGUUAACGCUUUGGUUUUUGAGACUCCACAGAAUACACUGAUGUCUGUCCCCUUAUGCAAACAUUCUGUCUCAAACACAUGCACCUUGCUUCCGGCCACAAAUACAUUUGCACAUUAAUCAUUAAUCAUUCCAUCUAACCCAUAACACGUUAGUUACUACUGCUUCUCUACUUUUAUAUAAUUAUAAACAUACUAAAACAUUCCAAGUCAAUUUCCAACAGUCCCUCUGGAUCAAUGAUCAUUCUGAUGUUCCCACGACACUUAGAAAACAUAUUGACUUGAACAGGGAAGAGAAUAAUUUCACACCACCCUUAAUGCCAAUGAGACUGGGAAAAGAACCUUCCAUCCGUUCUGUUUUAUGCCAAUGGGAUGCUAGUUUCCUUCAUUCUCGGGUAUCAAAGCAAGACAGACUAUGAGCCUUGCACGUAAUGAAUUGUACUGUGUCGCCAUAUGUAUUGAUGCACUUUAGGAUUGUGAUAACAUGGUAAAACUAAACCCCUACUAUCAAGUACAUCAUGGUUAGCUCAAGCUAUCUAGUGGGUUCUCUAACCUCCCUCUCAGAGGUCACUAAAAGAUGAGGUUUGAAGGAAGGAAAACACUCCCUAGACUCAAAUUUGAGCAGUGCACCGUCCACUCACUUUGUGCUCUCCUCCUUUUGCUCCUUUCCAAACCAUAAUUUAAACAUUUGAUAAAUUAUCCAACCCAAAUUUAGAAAGACUAAACUUGAAGCACUAAGGACUGUCAAUCACUCAAAUUCAAGACCUCCAACUUCACACACUACACUGUCGGAAUUUACAUUUACAAACAGAGAACACAUACAGGCAUGUUAACAACAGAUCGGUAUCUCAAUGCACCUGAAUUUUCCAGUAUGUAGACCUCCAAAAUCAACCUGAUAGCCCAAAUAAACAGUUUAGAGCAGUGGUAACCAACCUUUUCGAGAUCACUUUCACAGUCAAAAAGCAAGCUGAGAUUACUGCUCAGGUGUUUUUGUUUACAUUAACCUCACACAAACAGUUUUGUAAGAAUGAGGUUUGGGCAGUAGGCCUAGUACAUUAUCACAUAUUGGCUAUAUGACUGGCCUGCAAAUAUUGCUAAUCAGACCAUAUUAUAUUUCAAAACUCGUGCUUUGAUAACAAAAUAGAUCAGUUGGUUUAGCACUUGAGGCACUGUGGAGCAUGAAUUAAAAAUAAUGAGCUUUUAUAUUAAACUGGACUGAAGGUACCUGCAUCUGAUGGUCAAUGAGAUCAAAUCACGACGUCAGUGAUCUUCAGGUCGAAAAGUCGGAGCUCUGGAAAGAUGCCCGAGUUUCCAACUUGGAAUUCCGAGUUCAAAGCGAUUUUUUUUUUUCUUCUUUUUUUUCCCCCAACCUCCUCUCACGGUCCCUGCUCUCUCCUUCCUUUCCUCCAGUGAGACUGACCAGAGAGAGGGGACACCGUCUUUCACCUAAUGGCAAAACUCAAGUCGCACCACAUCUGCCUCAUGCACAAAUUCAUGUUGUUCCUAUGACCGGAGAAAGUUAAACAUUCCUGAAUAUUAAAAUCGAUAAUAAUAAUAAAAUGCAUGGCUAUCAAUACUUGGCUACUCAUUCAUUGCAGCUGCAACCCGAGCGGAACUAUGGAGAAGCGGGUUUUGUAAUAGUGUUCAAUAAAAAUAGUGACCGUGCUGAAUAUGAACUUAAACAUGAACUCGCUCAUAAAAACAGCAGCUCUUUGCUGUAUUCGUUGAGUCUCUCUGUGGUCAUGGUUUUAAAAGUAAUUACAUCUUACAUAGGCUAGUAUUCUAUUAAACUUGGCUGUGGCCAGGGUCAUGGAACUUGGCUGUAGCCACGGUGAUUUGAGCUAUUCGAUUGUGCAGCGCAUUAUGUGCACUCGAUUUAGUCACAGAUUUGCAGGUCCGCCGGGAAGGCGGAGUUUGUCUCAUGGGAACACUUUGCUACCCGGUGUGCAAGACUGUUGAAUCAAGUGCACCUAUCGGCAACAGCUCAACACGAUUUUAAAAAAUGGAGCGCCAUCCUUUAUCGUUUGUUGGCUUUGCUACAUAAAUAUUUGGUGAUCGACUAGGAGUGCCUUGAUCGACCGGUUGGCGGCCACUGGUUUAGAGCAACCCUAAAUCAAUUUCCCUUUCAUUCCCGGCACACUUCUUCUGGCGUAUCUUCAUUUUCUUCUUCAAAUAGCAUUACAGUACGUAUUCCCAACGGCACAUACGUUUCAUGCAUAUCACAGUUGAUGGCCAUUGAUAAUGUCCUGAUUUCAAUAUCUGGGGAAUAAUCAGAUUUUCCCAAGCCAAUGAAUCUUUCACCUGAGCAGUACCACCAUUCUGUGCAGUCCAUCCUGUCUGGUCCUUUUUACCACCAGUACACCAGCAGCAUGAGAGGUUUGGACGUGAUCUCUCUCCAUGCUCACUCCACAUACUCUGUCUCAGGCUGCACUCCUGCCGCUCGCACACAGGUUGCUGGCUCGGACUCAGGUCUCAGCAGUAGUGGUGCAGAACAGGGCUGUAGUGAACACCAUUUCUUCAGCCAUUUGGGGGGGGUGAAGCUCACACUGUUCUCGUCGUAUUAUUCCUUCCAUGCAUAUAGACCACCAUCAGUAGUCACUAUCGCCAUAACUUCGAGAGAUCAGACCAAAACAACAGUUUGAGGCUUUUCUGAUUCAGAAAAUCCAAAACUAUUUACCAUGUGACAAAUUAUUAGCUAAAACAACAUUCCUAAGACUAAUGUCAAAGAGCAUACCGACACACUGUUGAAACCAUUUUCCAAAUUGGCUUAUUCUCCCUAAUCAUACUGGCGACCUCACAACAGAGUUACCGGGUCAGGGAGUUAGAGAGCUAACCCUUAGGGAGAAAUCCCGACCAUACAGCAGACCCAAUCUAGUGAGAUUUGUAUCACGACAAAAACAAGAUCCCAAAAAAUAACAGCUACACACUUCUUCAUAAUAUACUUCAAUCUCAUCCAAUGUGUCU